AAGAUGAAAUUGGCCGUAUCAAAGACGAUGUGGCUGUCUGCAUCAUCGGUUUAAGCAGGGAAAAGCGUUCGCUGCCGGAAAAACUUAAAGGCACUGAUGUGUUCCGGCAACACAUCACAAUACCCUUUCCGACAUUGUAAGGAUAUUGGAUGAAGCUUUCAAAGUUAAGAUGCAUAUUAUAACAUUGUCACUUUUAUCGUGUAGGCAACAGAGAGCAUCUAUGUUAAAGCAACUACUGCAUAAAAUAAGAAGCGACACCAAACAAAAUAAGCUGCAUGCGUUAGAUGAUCUGAUCUCCGAUGUCAGCUUGCGUACAUCUGGUUAUGUGGCGGGAGAUCUACAGAUGCUGUGUCGAAAUGCGAUAUUUAAAUCCAUGCGACGUCAGAACGGGUCAAGCGCGGACCUGGAGCAGAAACUCGCAUCCAUGUCUUUGUCGGAACCUGAGCACAGCAUAGAAAUCGAAUGGUCCGAUUUUGAGUACGCUUUAUCCAUCUAUCGUCCGACACAGCAAGCGGAAGUGGAAAGCACGCUUCCGAAGCGAAACUGGAGCGAGAUAGGAGGUUACACAGAGAUAAAGGAUCGUAUGAAGCAAGCUACUCUGUGGCCGUUACUUAAACCCGAAGUAUUCAUAAGGCUAGGUGUCAAACCUCCGUCCGGAUUGCUACUUUACGGCCCCUCCGGAUGCGGUAAAACAGCUCUGGUGCAAGCAUUGGCUUCCGAGUCAAUGAUGAAUGUCAUAUCUAUCAAGGGCCCUGAAGUAUUCUCAAAAUACUUGGGUGAAACCGAAAGAAAAAUUCGCCAGUUGUUUGGUACCGCUAAACGCAUCGCUCCUUGUAUUGUCUUCAUGGACGAAAUGGACGCCAUUGGUUCACGACGAGGAUGGGAUACCGGUGACAGCGGAGGCGGGGUCAACGAGCGUGUGCUCAGUACAUUGUUAAACGAGAUGGACGGCGUUGAAGGACGGCAAGGGGUCGUGGUCAUUGGAUGCACCAAUCGUCCAGAUCAUAUUGACGAUGCGGUCUUGAGACCAGGUCGACUGGAUCAAUUGCUUUACGUUGGGCUUCCGUCACUGGAGGAUCGUCGCGAUAUUAUAAACGCUUUAACAAAGACGGUCAUCGUGUCCCAUGACGUUGACAAGGAAUAUCUAGCACAAAAUACCGAGUAUUGCACCGGCGCCGAUCUCGAGAAUCUAUUUAGAGAAGCAGGAACGAUUGCACUGCGUGAAAAUAUCCAUAUCGAAGCUAUUCACAACAAGCAUCUUCUAGCCGCCUUGGAUCCCAUCGCGGAACGAGCAAAGCAUGAAGUACUGGAAGAAGGAAUCCUAGAUAUAUGCACCAAGUUUCAAAAUGAUCACAGCUUACAAUAAGGUGUACCAUAGAACAAGUCAAGACACCUCACGAUACCACAAAAGAAAUCAACGCCUAUGUAUA